UUGGAUUUCUCUGCAGUUAAGGAUUGAAAGUUGUUGAAAUGAAACAACAAGUGCUGCUAACGUUGUUUAUCUGGAUUCCCUUUGUCAGAAAUGGCUUCACGGCACUUAAAACCAACAUGGACAUAUCGAUGGUCAGGCUACACAGUCCCUUAAAAGGCAGCAUGACCGAAUUCAUUAAGCUGGCCCCCGUAAUGCCGGGCCUUGGCGAAACAUAUCUUACAUUUGGAUGGGGCUUCGACAGCCUGGAGGUACAGCCACCUUCAGAUGAUCCACGAAAGACAGACCUGACAUUUACGGCGCUGGAUACAUGUAAAACAAAAUUUCAGACGGGAUUCGUCUCGGACACUGUUCUGUGCGCGAAAAUGCCCGAGGAUAGUUUUGAGUGCAUUUACGAUGGUGGUUCUCCGGUGGUCUGGAAAAACCAACUCGUUGCCGUCGCCUCGGUGGGAUUUACAUGUAGGAAUACUUCACUUCCUGGCAUUUAUACGAGCGUGAUCAAACUAUCACCUUUUAUAAAGAAUAUUCGGAGAGGCAUCAGGUCUGGUGAAUUGGCGCGUCGCAAAAGGGAAAUCCGUCAGCAGUGGGAAAGCCUAAAAAGAUCACCAAGCCCAAAGGAUACUUAAGUCAUUGAAUGUCCAUCUUCACUAAAACAAAUUUAUUGACUUUUGAAAUUGUUAAAUAAUAAACGCCGCAAUUUAAGUGGAAUCGCCGACAAGAUAUUAACUAGCAUCUAGCUGAAUUAAAUUCCUUAAAUAAAAAUCAAUCGCAAACUA